GGAGAUGGAAGAUGAGACAAGUAUUGGCAGAAUAACGCCAGAUACGGGUAUAGGUAGAGUUACGCCAGAUACCAGUCUAGGCAGAGUAACGCCAGUUACUCCACAAAUAGGGCCAGUCACUCCACAAACAGCUCCCAUUACUCCACGAAUAGUGUCGCCCUCAUCCAAUCCCGUCUUCUCACCCCUAAGUCCCGGACGACAGCACGCGAAUACAGGAGAGUCGCCAAACGUAUCGGCCCCAUCCAGCCCGUCCCUAUUCACAUUUCUGAGCGAAUAAUCAUCAGCAUAUGGCACGGAGUU